AUGCGAUGUCUACGCGAUAAAAUUCCUUUAGUGAUACUCAAGAAAACAAUAACAAUGCUGGGAAUCCGACACGUGCAGAUAACAAUGCUGUUUCUAGCCAACAUUAUCUGUUAUGCAUCAAGGAACAACCUUAAUCUUGCUCUCAUCGCUAUGACUGAUAAAAGCAGCGAACAGCACUUCGACAUCGAUCUGAAAAUCCAGAGCACGCUGCAGUCGUCUCUGUUUUGGGGCUACUUCGUGGGGAUAUUCCCCGCGGGGGUUUUAACCACGCGCUAUGGUGGUAGGCGCUUCAUCAUGCUCAGUUUGGUUGUUAACUCUGCUGCGUCUCUGGCUUUGCCUUUCUGCAGAUUUCUUGGACCGGACGGCUGGAAGAUGAUAUACGGCUGCCGCAUCGUACAAGGAAUAUUUCAAGCGUUUCUUGCACCGUCUUGUCUGACACUCAUGAGCAAAUGGGUGCCCGAAGAAGAGAGGAGCAGGCUUGGCAGCUUCACUUACUCCGGUAUUCAACUAGGCAACGCUUUCCAACUGAUAACAUCUGGUUACUUAGCGGAGUACUGGGGCUGGCCCUCCAUCUUCUACUUCUACACUAUAGUCGGUGUGUCCUGGUUGCUUAUUUAUCUGUUCGUCGGCGCAGAGUCACCGGCGGAGUCAAAAAUCAUUAGCAAAGAAGAACGAAAUUAUAUACAGACCUCUUUAGGUUAUAGAUAUAGGACGGAGAAACUUAAAGUGCCAUGGAAAGCCAUCGUCUCAUCCAUGCCUUUCGUAGCGACCAUAAUGACCUACUGCGGUUUCAAAUGGGGCUUCUACACAUUGAUUACUCAAAUUCCCAACUACAUGAAGCAGAUACACGGAAUGAAUUUACGAGAAAACGGCACUCUAUCGGCGCUUCCUUACUUAGCUCUCAUUGGUUUCCUGGGCCCGGCAGCAUGGCUAGUGGCUCUCGCGGUAGCGGCGCCGCCAGACAAAGCGCUAGCCGUAGCUUUUCUGACCUUGGCAGUGGCUAGUAUAUCCGGGAUUUACUCGGGUUUUAUAGUAAACCAAAUAGACAUGGCGCCAAAUUUCACAGGUUUCAUGAAUGGCUUCUCCAACGUGUUCGCGAACCUGAUGUCAAUAUUUGCACCGAUCGCCGCCGGGUUUAUGCUCGGAGAUGGUACGGACAUAGAAAAAUGGCACUCGGUGUUCUACUUAGCGGUGGGAAUUUACGUCGGGACGUGUGCCUUCUAUCUUGUCUUCGCAGACAGCAGAAGACAACCAUGGAAUUACCCCGAUUAUAAGAAUAAAUCGAAUCUAACAUAG